GAGACCAAGGCCUGUAAUUUUCAUCAUUUGGCCUACUGUCCUACCUUUUAUAGGGUGGCAUUUGACUGUGCAAAUUUCUUAUUCUUAACUUUUUUUAAACUACCAAUAAAAAAACAGAGAAAAAUUUACUCAAAACUGAAAAAAUGUCUUAAAACAUCACACUUCACUACUUGUCCCUUCACUAGGCUAAGCUAAGUUCAUUUUUUUUUUUUUUUGGAGGGGGCUAAGCUAAGUUCAUAAAUAUUGACAAACUUGUUGUCUUCCAAUCUUCAACAUUUUAAAAUCCAAUCGGUUGUUAAAAAAAAAAAAAAAAAAUCCAACCAAGAAAAAUGAUUUCUUUCCAAAAACAUUGGCCUAAAUUUUGUCAUAUGAUAUGGAAAAUGAUAUGAAGAAUCAUAGUGAUUAUUUGGAUUUAGCAUUGAUGAAUAUUGCCUAAAGAAAUCAUGGGUGUUAAUCAAAGAAAUCGUAUAACACCUAAAAAAACGACCGAAUUGUUAUCCAAAAGAGAAGACAGGAUUAGUAGUUUACCAGACGAAGUAUUAGGUAGAAUUCUAUCUUUACUUCCUACAAAACAUGCUGUUGCUACUACUAUCCUUUCAUCAAGGUGGAAGAACCUUUAUAAGCUUAUUAGUACUCUUGAUUUUGAUGAUUCGAUUACUUUUAGUUCUCGAGAUGAUUCGGGAAAUAAGCGAAAGAAGGCUAGUUUCAAGGGAUUUGUGAAUGAGAUGUUGUCGCGGUGUAAGAUGUCUUGUAUUACCAAGUUUCGGCUUAAAUGUGGGUGUUACCAAUACAAGAACUCUUUGUUGUGUGAUUGGAUUAAUGCUGCUUCUUUUCAUCAUAAGGUAGCUGAAUUGGAAGUAUCGAUCAAUAUGUCAUUCACUUGUAGAGUGCCUUGUGUACUUAAUCUUACUCAAUUGACUUGUGAAAGUUUGGUGGUUCUGAAGUUGGAUUGUGGGUUUGUAUUGUGUGUUUCGAAAUCAUGUACAUUUCCGAAGCUGAAAGUUCUUUUUCUUGAAGGAAUUAUGUUCCAAGAAAAUGGCUUAAGUCGGUUUACUAACUAUUGUCAACCUUGUUUGGAUGAUUAUCAUGGUCUUAAUGGGAUUCUGUUUGGUUGUCCAAUGCUCAAAGAGUUGGUGAUAAACGGGUGUGAUUGGAAUGGCGGUAAUCUUUACUUUUCUAACCCUUUGCUUCGAAGGUUGACACUUGAUUCUGGAAUGACUGGACCUCUAGACCAACACAAUAGCUCUAUGAUCUAUUUUAACUUGCCGAGUUUGGUUUACUUUAGCUACUCUGAUGGCCUAGCAGAGCGAUAUGAAUUCAGAAAUCUGAGUAGUAUCAUUGAGGCUCGUAUUGAGAUUUGUUUUAAUGAUGAUGAAUUUGAUGAUCAACAAGAUCUUUGCGAUACUAUUCUUGAUCUUAUAACCGGGGUUAAUAGAUGUCGGUCCUUGAACUUGUCCCGUCAAUGCUUGGAGGCUCUUACUAGUGGUGAAUUCGAACUGCCUAUCUUUAGUUAUUUGACUUGUUUGGACCUCGCUCUUGGACAUGAGGUUAGCUGGAAUGAUGUGCUGCUAGACUUUCUCAAUAGCUCUCCUUGUUUGCAGUCUCUUACCUUGGAGCAGGUAGAUGGUGAAGUAGAUGACGAUUUCUUGCUAAUGGAAGAAGUGGUGCCGCCUUGUGUUUAUUCUCGGCUGAGGUUUAUCAACAUCAAGGAAUUCAGAGGAUUCACAGGGGAGAUGCAAUUGAUCAUGUAUUUCCUUGCGAAUGCUCAUCUUUUGGAGGAGAUGGUCAUACACUGGGAUCAAAGAAUAAGACAAAGGGACUCAGUUGCUAAAGAAAAGAAAAUAUUGGAGUUGCCAAAGUCCUCUACAUCCUGCUCAAUCGCAUUUAAGUGAUGCAAUAUACUUGUCCGGUUGGAAUUAGUUGUCACAUUUAUAAUGUAUUUUGAACAAGUAAAAUGUGACAACUAAAUCCUGACAGAGUUGCUAUUUCUUUUGGUACUUACUUUUUGAGGAUCGUCUGCCAUGUUCUUCCUAUAUUUUGUGCCCUGAGGUCUAUAUUGCUCGGUGAAGUGGUUACUGUGUUUUGUCACAUGAUCCGUGCAUAAACACAACUUUCCAUGAUGCUGUGAUCUUAGAGCUUCCCCUUGGAGGUUCAAUUGUGACUAAUUUCGUGCAUAUGUUAGAGAUUUCAGGUCCUGCUUGCUUCCCCUUGGAGGUUCAUUCAUGACUAUUUUUGUGUAUGUGAGUUCAGGGCCUAUUAGUUAAUUUUUGCUGUGAUAUAUUGAUGUAUGCACCAUUUGAAUGCUCUGUAAAUAUGUGUCACAUCUUUGAAAUUAUGCUGGAAUUAAUUUUGUCUAGGAAAGCUACCUACUGAAUUACAGUUCACAGUGGCUGAUUUUUUCCAUCUUUUCUCUAGUAAA